CUCGCGAUCCGUUCCAGAAGCACGGCCAGUUUCAAAGCGUCUUGCACAUCAUCACCGACCCAUGACCGCGCCGUUGCUGCUACUGGUCGCUCUUGGCAGCCUGCUUCUGCCGGCGUCAACGCGGGCGACGACGGCGGCCUGCGACGUGUGCCAGUACAAGUCGUACGCGUGCGGCAGUGCGUUGGCCGAUCGCAGCGUCUGUACCGCAGACGGCCGCGUGCAAAUGGACGACGUCUUCUGCGACGCCGACUGUAUAUGCGCCGAUGGCUUUGUCUGCGCCAACCUCCGCCUCGGCCACCACGUCCUCGCCGCUGGCCACGCUCGGCCCCGCUGCGUCUCCGCGGAUGGUCUACGCGUCCGGUUUGAGAGCUGCCGCCACGUGAGCCCGACGGCUCCGCCUGUCGGCGCCUACAACCUCAGCGCAUGGCUUCGCUUCCACGAUGCUGCGUGCACCACCCAGGACUGUCGCGCGACGCGGGCCGUCGAGCGGCUCCACCAGAGCGGCCGCGUCAUCGUUCUCUGGACCGAAGCGCCGUCAACCUAUCACUUUAUCACGGAGGGCACGCUCACGAAUCUCUCCAGCGGCAUCUUCCACAGCGUCGCGCAAUGGGACGAGGUGCGCGACCGGCUCAUUGGCGUGCAGUCGCAUGGCAUCGACAAGUGCUACACACUGCAGACGCGCAACACCAACAACGCCAAGUGCAAGGGCUACAUCCUCUCGGCCGAGCACGCCACCGACACUGCGCUGUGGACGACGGAUUUGCCGCCGUCGAUCUGGGCGGCGGUCGUCGCCAGCGUUCUCGCUGCGUUCGGCAGUGUCGUCGCUGUCGUCUACGUGGGCUGCCACGCGUCGCGGGCCGUGUACGCACCGCGUUCGCGCCCGAUGGCACCGACCGCCGAGCCAACGCACCGCGAGUAGGGAUUAAGUCGACUCGAUUAUGAU